UCCGGCUGCGUCUCCUGUUUAUUCGCGAUUUUCGGCACAUUCGCGACACCCAUCGCAGGCUGCAGUUAAGCAGCGCGCCGAGACAUUCACAUUCCCGCGAAGCACUCAAAGCACUCAGACACGCAGGCAUUCUGAGCCGCUCCAUGGCACAAACGGACUUCUACUCAGACGGGGCUUGUACUUUCGAUUGUUGCGCAAUGGCCAAAUCGAUGGCACCGGCGCGAAACACCAAGGGAGCCACAACCACUGCCAUACACACACGCAGAGGCACCACAACAGUCACAUUUGUGCUGCUGUUGGUCCUAUGCUGCUUGUGCGAUUACAACUAUGGAAGCUGGGCAUCACAGUGCUGGAGGAAGCACAAUUCCGGCUCGAUUCAAACGGGAGAUGGUGAAUUUAAGCGACCAUUUGGUAUACUCUGCACAUAUCGCUGCUUCCUCUGGUUUCCGCCGAUUUACCCGUACUGCGAAUUCAUUUUCGAUCUGCGCUUAUCGAGGCACUUCACGUCGUUCCCGGACUGCUACGAAAUACGCUGCAACGAGACGUUCACGUUCUUCGGUCACGAGCAGCAGAACUUCUGACACCUCAUGCACGGCGGUUCAGCUUCUUUAUGUGUAAUCUUCUUCUCGUGCUUCUAAUGCUGACUAUUCCAUACUUUUGUUUAAUGUUUUUCCGUGACUUCAUGCUGUCUGAUUUAAUAAAUAUGGUUAUCUGCGUU